AUGGCGACUGAGUCCUCAUUUCCAGUCGCAAACACCAACAUUGAUCUUCGAGGCCCACAAUUCCAAGCCAACAAGGAAAGCUGGACACCGGUGCUGGACAGGUUUGAAGAAGCGCUCAAGCAAGUCUCCGCUGAAGGAAAUGAUGUUUCUCUGAAAAGACACCAAGGUCGAGGGCAGCUGCUGCCAAGAGAUCGAGUCGCGCUGCUGUUGGACCAGGAUUCCCCUAUUUUGGAACUUGGUGCAUUCACUGGAUUCGGAAAUGAAGAUUCCACCCCGUGCGGCAACUUGAUUGCUGGGAUUGGAAACGUCUCUGGUCGCAUAUGCCUGCUCAUGUCCCAUAUCCCAACUCAAAGUGGAGGCGCCUGGAAUGAGAUGACAGUACUCAAAGUCAACCGCAUGAUGGAGAUCGCGUUUGAGAACGACCUGCCCUUGGUCUCUUUAGUUCAAUCUGCUGGUGUAUUCCUCCCUCAGCAAUUUCGGGUUUUCCACAAAGGUGGCCAGCUCUUCCGCGAUCUUGCGCUUCGCACCCGCCAUGGGAAGCCAUCAUGUGCUAUCGUUUUCGGAUCCUCAACAGCCGGCGGAGCCUACCACCCUGCCUUGUCAGACUACACUAUAUUUGUUGAGAACCAAGCACAAGCUUUCCUCGGUGGACCCCCACUAGUGAAGAUGGCGACGGGAGAAGUCAUUGGGGCGGAAGAGCUGGGAGGUGCCAAAGUUCACGCGACGACCACGGGUCUUGCUGAUCAGAUCGCAUCGGAUGAAUUCGACGCUAUUCAUAAGGCGCGUGAGUGGGUUGCCUCACUCCAGGCGCGUACUCCCACUGUGCCAGGGUUGAUUGAGCCACUGGCGCCGAGAUAUCCCAUCGAAGAUGUGUUGUCGAUCGUGAACCCAGAUAUCCGAAAGCCUUUCGACAUGAAUGAAGUCUUGUUGCGCAUUGUGGAUGACUCGCGUCUGUCGGUCUUCAAGCCCAAGUACGGUCCUAAUAUGAUUACCGCAUCGGCUCAUAUCAUGGGAUUCCCGGUUGGUAUUGUUGCAAACCAACUCUCAGUUAUCAACCCCAACGAGGCAGCGAAAGCCACGCAGUUCAUUCGCAUGUGCAAUCAGCAGAAUACGCCGAUUAUUUUCCUGCACAAUGUGACUGGCUUCAUGGUUGGAGCCAAAGCUGAACAUGCUGGUAUCAUCAAGAUGGGGGCUCAGCUAGUCUCUGCAGUCAGUUGUUCGACAGUGCCGCAUAUCUCGAUCAUCUUGGGUGCUUCGUACGGAGCUGGUAACUACGCCAUGUGUGGCAGAGCCUACAGUCCCCGGUUCUUGUUCUCCUGGCCUACUGGGCGCUGCAGUGUAAUGGGCCCUGAUCAGCUAUCUGGAGUCAUGGAAAAUGUCCAAAUAGCCAGUGCCAAAUCCAAGGGGCAGACUCUAUCGCCGGAAAAGCUCAAGAAGCAGGUGAACACCUUCCGCGACAGAGUCCAGAAGGAUGCAGAGUGCUACUCGACGAGCUCGAUGUUGAUCGAUGAUGGAAUCAUUGAUCCACGGGAUACCCGUGAUAUUUUGGGAAUGUGUUUGGAAGUAGUCUCCCAGCCAGGAGUGACGGGGACAUCCACACACAACCUGUUGGCGCGCAUUUAG